AUGAGGGGGUCAUAGGAGCCAACUACUGGGACGGGAAAGCUCUUCGUGGACUCCAAAGUUGGGCAGUCUUCUUGUAAACAUGAUUUUCGUGUCUUGCAUCUUGGUGCUGGGAUUGUUUUCGUCUGCGUUGGGAACAAACUUCCACAAAGGUGAAAACUUGCUGGAGAAACGCAGCGCAGGACUGAAUGAACAGACAUGUACAGCUCUGCCCGGAGUGGAGUCCACCCUGCACAACAGCACCCACUCUUUUACUUUCAAAGUGAGGACCAUGGGUUCACUGUCACUGGCCUGGGUGGGAGAUGGAUCCGGGGUGCUGCUGGUGUUGACGACAUUUCAGGUGCCGUUGUUCAUGAUGCGUUUCGGCCAGUCUAACCUCUACAGGAGUGAAGACUAUGGGAAGACGUUCAAAGAUGUGACUCACCUGAUCAACCACACCUUCAUCCAGAGUGAGUUUGGCAUCGCCAUCAGUCCCGACCACUCUGGCAAGGUGAUGCUCACUGGUGACGUGUCAGAAAUCGGGGGCUUUAAACUGUUUCGCUCACAGGACUUUGGCUUGACCUUUGUUCCAACCGACCUGCCGUUUGAGCCUCUAAUUCAGAUGCUGUACAACCCUGGAGACUGCAACGUACUGCUGACGCUCAGUAUCACGUUGGACCUGUGGCUGUCUGAGGACUUUGGUGCCACCUGGAGGAAGAUCCAUGACAGUGUUUGUUUGGUCAGAUGGGGUCCAAAAAACAGCAUCUACUUUACAACAAACUACAAUGGAUCAUGCAGUGAUAAAGGAAUGUUGGAGUUAAGGAAGACAGCAGACUAUGGUCAAAGUUUUCAGACCAUCGCAACAAGAGUUUACUCCUUUGUGCUGGGAGGGCGCUUUGUUUUUGCCUCCAUUAUGACUGGCACGGGUACAGAGCGUAUGAUCCACGUGUCAGUAGACGGAGGUGAGGUGUGGAACAUGGCUCAGCUCCCUACAGUCAACCACGAGCAGUUCUACUCCAUCCUGUCAGCCAAUCAGGACAUGAUAUUCAUGCACGUGGACAACCCUGGAGACUCCGGUGUUGGAACCAUCUAUGUGUCUGAUGACAGAGGAGCAGUGUUUUCCAAGUCUCUGGAGCGCCAUCUUUACACGACCACAGGAAGUGACACCGACUUUACUGCUAUCACUUCACUCAGGGGCGUCUACAUGACAAGCGUCCUCACGGAGGAUGGCUCAGUGGAGACAGUUAUCACCUUUGACCAAGGAGCAAAAUGGAAGACGCUGCGCCGACCACAGAACAGCCACUGUGACACUGAGACCUCCACCAACAGGCCUAACAGAUGCAGACUUCACAUCCACGCCUCCUACAGCACCACCAUGAAGAUGAACGUCCCCAUGCUGCCUCUCUCACAGCCCAGUGCUGUGGGCCUCAUUCUGGCUCAUGGCAGCGUUGGAGACGCAGAGUCAUCUCUCUCCCCUGACGUGUACGUCUCUGACGACGGGGGCUACUCGUGGAUGUUGGCUCUCAGGGGCCCUCAUCAUUACGCUAUAUUGGACUCUGGAGGACUGCUGGUGGCUGUGGAGCACACCAACUCACCUGUCAACCAGAUCAAGUUUUCAACAGAUGAGGGGCAGUGCUGGCACACGUACAACUUCACCAGCGACCCACUUCACUUCAGCGGUAUGGACAGUGAGCCCGGCUCUCGCUCCAUGAAUGUCAGCCUUUGGGGCUACAGGAGCGACUUCAGUAAAUGGGUGGUGAUCACCAUAGACGUCAGGAAGCUCCUCACCAGAGACUGUACUGAAGGGGACUAUGUCCAGUGGCUGGCUCACUCUACAGAACCCAGUGGAUCCAAUGAUGGCUGUGUGCUGGGCUAUAGAGAGACCUUCUUACGUCUGAGGAAAGACUCUGUCUGCUGGAACGGGAGAAGCUAUGCUGUCCCUAAGAAGCUGUCCCCCUGUCCAUGUACAAUGGACGAUUAUCACUGUGACUUUGGAUAUUACCGGCCAGAGAACAGCUCAGAGUGCGUGGAGCAAGAGGAGAUGAAGGGUCAUCCUCUGGAGUUCUGCUUAAAUGGGACCACCGAACAGCUUCAGACCAGCGGCUACCGGAAGAUUCCAGGAGACCAGUGUGAGGGAGGGUUUCAGCCGGAGAGAAAGGAGACAGACCUGAAGAGGAUAUGCACCAGCAACGCCCUUUAUCCCAAUUCUCUGACUGAAAACAGUUCACCAAACGCUGCUGUCAUAGUGAUGGUUGUCAUAGCGAUGCUUCUGACCAGUGCUGUUGCGGGCGUUUGGCUGGUUAAGAAAUAUGUCUGCGGAGGACGGUUCCUUGUGCACAGAUACUCUGUUAUGAGGGACCAUGUUGAGGCUGAUAAAAUAGAGGGAGUCGAUGAUAUUGACACUCACUACAUGGAGACAGGAAAAGCACAUUAUAACGAAGACUCCGAUCAGGACCUCUUGGAAUAAGGAGGACACUUUGUCCCCUCAAAGGCUCUAAAUUUAACGCAGUCUUUCAUGACGCCUGGGCACUCCUGUUGCUCCCACAUGCCGAUUAACAUCUGCUUCUCACUUCUUGCUAUCCCCUGGUGGCUGGAGGACUCAACAGCAUCUCACAUUGCUUCCUUGUACCAGUUGAGUCUCCCACAAAAAGGCGAACCGAUGGUUUGGGGAGGGGGACAAACCCAGCGCAGAACAGAGGAAAGCCUCUGGGGUCCCUGGAGAGCUUUUGUUGUUUCUGUCACAAAGAGUCCUGUAAGGACCACUGAGUCUGAAUAACUGCUCUAUAUGUUUCCUCUCAUGCUGACCUGAGAAGAUAUGGCCUUUCAUAUUGUGAUGCACUGCAGAAGGACAAUAGAGAGGAUAGAAAUUGACGCUUAUAGAAAGUUUUAUAUAAUAAUAAGAGUUAGGGAACAUCCAAGCAACAGAACACAGAAAAUAAUACUCAGUGUUAAAAAUCAGAUAUUAUCUCUGCUGUCAGUUAAGUAGUUUUUGUACUCAGUUGAUUCAAGCUUGCAAGAUACAGUCCUGCUGUGCAUGGCGGCCAUUUAAACAUUUAUUUUGUCAGCUUCACCAGUGACUAAAAUUAGGCACUAACAUGUUUUGAAAGACUAUGCUUACUCACUAUGAGUUACCUGUUAGUCAUAAGUUCUUUAGAAGUGAGCACUAUUCAUUAAACAGCAGCUACUGAGAGCAGCAGUGUCUCAUUUGACUUUACUGGUCACUAUAUCCGCCUAGCUCUGUAUUUGUUUUUAUCGUACACAGUAUAUACUUUUUUUUUCCUGGUAGAAAUGGACCAGAGUUUUAAUCAAGUGAUAAACUUUAGAUAGCAACCUUUCAGUACACUAUUAUGGCUUUUUUAUAUAACAGAAAUAACUUUUUAAUAGAAACUGUUCUUUUGUAUUUCAAGACACUUUUAAAAGUAGGUAAAAUAUAAUAAUUACUAAUAUUACGUUAGUCAAAAGUUAUUAUUCAUACAUAUGUCAUCAUUUUUGUUUUCAUCUUUUAUUUAUUUAUUAUUAAUUCGUUAAAAUGUAUAAAUGAGCAAACUUAUCUCUAUUAAAAUAUAAUUUUAAUCAGAACAUAGGAAUAAGUGCAAGUACUUACUAGAUAGUAAAAGACAACUUAGUGACUGCUAGUCCUUACUUUGAAAGAACUUGUAACUAUAUCGCUACAAAAUAAUGUGGACUAAGAAUAAAAAGGCUAAUUUUUUGUACCUAUUGAGACUUCUGGAAUAAAUGUUAAAAGGGCCUGCCAUUGUUUGAGAGACAUAACAACAAACUAUUUUUUUAUACAGUGCAGCUCCAUACAAGCAGUAUCUUCUCCCCUGUAUGUGUGGUGAAAAUGAAAGACUUGAAUUAUUGCCAAAGCACUUUUAUUGUGUAGUUUUCUUAUUGUAGAGGUGAAAUCUUACCUUAGCCUAGCAUUAUAUGAAGCAGGAUGGCAAUUCUAACCCAAACCCUUUACUUGAACUUUCUCAUUUUUAUUUUUUAGCUUAACUAGGUGCACCAAUAUAUUACUGUUCUUGUGUUUUAAUUUUGUUUAGUUUAUUUUAUUUGGCUGAUAUUUUCCCCAUAUCAGUCAAUACCAAUAUGCAUAUGUCUAACAAUCUUAGUGCAGGUGCAGGCGUAAUCAUCAAGAUAAUCAAGUGUUUUUAGAGACCAUUCUGGCUUGUUCCUGUUGCUAAUAUGACAGCUGAAAAACAGUAGCAACAUGCUGUUUGUACAGCUUAAUAUUAGCAGUGUGAACAUUCCCAGAAUUAUACUGAUACUGCUUUUUUAAAGCUACUAUUAGUCUUAUAUAUUGGUGCAUCCAAAUGUAUUAAUAUCACAGAUGUUACAAAACAUACACAAUAAGAAAACUAUUUUAUCAGAUGAAUGUGUCUGGUGGCCAUAACAAGCAUUAACUUUAUUAAGUUAAUUGAGUAACAUAUUUUUUCAAUAAACACUACCACAGUGUUUUAUACGGAUGUUAAGAUAAGAUGUUGGCUGGCUACCAUUUCUAUUAUCUGCAAUGUAAGAACUGUAACUUUUGACUCGUGCAGGUCUUUUGGCCAAUGCUUGUGUUCUCGAGCAGAGUGAGUAAUAUCCCAGUGAAUAAGCUAUUGUAAUAAGCUGGCCUGAUAUAGAGGCGUAUUCUCAAGGACUGUUGGCUGGACUUUGUCAGAUAUGAAAGCAAAUUAAUAUGCUUGAUGCUUCUUUAUUUACACAACUGUCAGUAAGAACAAACCCAGCUAUAUACUGGAUUAAAUGAUUUAUUUUUGCACUGUAUCUACAGAUCUGUGAACAAGUUGCAUCUGUGCUUCCUUGUACAUCUAAUUUUUGUAAAGUGUUCGGGCCAUAAGUUGUGAUCCUCGUUCCAUCUUGUUUUCUUGACUGUCUGCUAGAAUAUCAGAGAUGAGUUUCUCUGAAUUAAACUAUUCUGUAGCACAAAUGUUUUAUAACAAUGUUUGCAUUAAUUGAAUGA